GUAUGGGACCACGAACUGAACCUCAUGCAUGAGUUUAAAGCUCAUAAUUACGCCGUAACGGAUAUCCUGGUAGUUGGCAACAAUAUAUUCACCGCUUGUGCAGAUUGUACCUUCAGUAUCUGGGACGCCAACACCUUCGAGCUAAAGAGAGGUAUCGAGGGCCACGAGGAAAGCAUUAGGAAGAUAAUAACGGAUGGCAAGAAUGUGUUUGCCGGAGAUGACAAGGGAGAGGUACGCGUGUACAGCCUCGACGGUGACUUCGCGAAAAUGUAUUCCAUGGUGGAGGAGGUUUGGGGAUUACAUGUUGAAGGCAGUAGGUUAUAUACUAUCAGGGAUCGUGGUCUCACUAUCACUGAGGCCAAAGGCGAAAGUAAUAAGUUUACGGUGAUAAGCAGUACAAGUGAGGGUAGAGCCCCACUUUAUGUUACUUCGGACACUUUAGCAUAUCUGGAUAGAACUGGUAUGAUGGUGUUAAUCCAUGACAAUACCCCAAGUUCUUACCAGCUAAAAGGUCAGCUCAAGGCCAGUAAGGUGGGUACUUGGGACAUUAUCGGAAUGAGUGUGAUGAGAAUACCAGGCGAAGGAAUCAUUGAAUUGAACAAUAAACACAUCCUAUAUAACAAAGGCAGUGGCAAAAACCUGGAGGUGUGGGCUUCCUGA